AUGGUUACUUCCUCCCAUUUUCAAAAGGAAUCACUUGGAUACAUCCUCCCUAUUUUGAUAAUAACGACGACAUCCCCUGUGACGUACCAGUCUAAGGCACCAGCAGACGCCUUCCUUUCGAGCUUCAUUGCGCCUUUCAGACACACUUUAGCUUAUCUAUCCCUGCAGGAAUUGGACGGUCACUCGCCAGAGAUUCUCUCCCUGCAGGCACUUCAGGCUGUGGCACACCAGACUCCGAAUCUCGUCCAGUUCUACGCGAAGAGACAUGCCUUAUCAAAGGACAGCGAGCUCGAGGCAGUCAUUGCAUUCCUAACUGGCGGUGAUAGCAAGCCAAACACCGCCACCAACUUCGACGACCUUUUGCGCUGCAUUAUGCGUUACGCCUUGUGGCCCAAGCUACAGUAUUUCCGAUGGGACUGCGGCGAUUCCACUGACAUUUCCGACCGUGCGCUGCUCGAGUUCAUGCGAAGCCGAUCGGGCCAGUCUUACUAUCACGACUGGCGAGUUGUCCCUCUUCAUCAAAUCGUCGUAACUCUCCCGCGAAAGCAGAACUUUCCUAUCAGUCUAUGGGAUCUUGAAGGACUCCGGUACGAGAUCUGCUACACUGACAAGAGGGGUAUACGUAGAAAUUAUUGA